AUGAUUGAUCUUGAUGUGUGUCAGCUGAGGAGGCCCAGUGAAGUAGACCAUUGUGAAUGCGUAAAUCUGCUUAAUGAAAAGAGUUUCGAAUUUGUCAUAAUAAAAAAUAAAAAUUUAUACAUUUACAUGUAUAAAAAAAAAAAAAGAAAAAGUUCUCUCCUUUAUGAAACAAAAUUAAAUGCACCAGUAAUAAAACUCAUUAUUUUGAAAAAUGUAUUUUUAAAUCGAAAAAAGGAAUGUAUUAGUGGCAUUUUGCUGAUUUAUAAGAAUCUCCAUUUUGUAAUUUACAAAUUUAACACACGUUUGAAUACUCUCGUUGCUGUUUUAAAACACAGUUUUGUGAAAGAAAUUAAAUUCCAAUCCCUCUUUUACUCUUUACCAUUCGCGAUUAGAUAUGUACACACAUAUGAGGGUGUAAAAAAUGACAUAAGGAGGUGGAAAAUACAUAUACAGAAAAAAAAAAAAAAAAAAAUCAUAUCGACAACCAUCACGAAUAGAAGAGGUAUACGUUUCAAAAAAUGUAUUUACAACAUUCUUCCAAAGUUAAUGACUAGACUGAAGAAGGACUAUAAUGGUGAUACUAAUCAGAAAAUUCGAAAAACAAAAUCAGAAUGGAAAAAAUGGGCUCCCGUUUGUAAAUCCAGCGGCAAUACCAAAAAAGGAGAAGAGAAAAAGAACGAUUUGGGACCCCCAAUACUUACGAAUAUUUAUGAUCAUAUUUAUAAAAGUACUAAUUUGGAAGAAUCAUUUUUGCAUGAUCAUACCAUUCUAGAGGAAAACAUUCUCAUAAACCCUCCUCAUCAAUUGGACAUGCAGCAUAAAUCUCUAGAUGAUAGCCAUAUCUCAUUAAACUUCCAAAAUAUGCAAAUCAAGUGGAAAAAGAGAAACUGCAACUUUUGUGAAUUUCUUUUUUCCUUUUCUUAUGAUUUUAAAACGAUUUAUACUUUUGUUUACACAACCAGGAGGAGACACAACAAAAUUAUUAACCCGUCUUGUGGGGGAGAAAUUUCCACGUCUUAUUUUGGGAAAGACUUGCGUCUAAUAAAUGUCAUCAAAUUCAGUUUGGCAGAACAUUACAAACGCUUUAUUUUUAUAAAGAAGAUAUUUUUCCACCGGGAGGCCCUCCACCUCUUGAUUCAAAAUGAUGCGAUCAACAUAGGACACACGAAGCUGGAGGAACUUAAACUGAAAGUGCUGAUCCUGAGGAAAGAAGAAGACAAACUUGAUGUGGAAAAAUUGAUAAAAAACUUGGCAAAUGACAUACUAGACAUACAUCGAGUGCAGGAAUUACUCGUGUGUCUUUGUCAUGAUUAUGUAUUUGUAUUAAAUAUGAACAGCAAUAAAAAAAUCAUAUAUUUUUUUAAAAAAUCUUGUUAUGGAAAUGCCGUGUUCCAUCUUUUAAAAAACGAUACACUUUUUUAUGAUUACACAUACAUUAACAUUAAUUUUAAACUCAGUAGUAGUAGCAUGUUCUAUAAGAAGGGAAAAAUUUUUAUAAUUACAAAAAAAUGUAUAUUGGAAGGAAACAUUUCAAAAUAUCACAACGAUUUUCUGAAAUUAAUAAAAUGGAAAAAAAUAUACUCAUUCAGGUAUACUUUGUCCAAGGUUUCUAUCUAUUCCUUUUGUGGAGAAUUUUAUUUUCUCUGUUGUUAUAAUGGUAUUUCUGGCGUAGCUCAGAUUGAUUUAUUAAAGAAAACAUUUAGGAAAAUCAACAAAUCUUGUCCCUUGCAAGAUGAAGACCAAGAGGGAAGUAUCACUUCCAAAAAAAAUAACAACUCUCUAAAUAAAGAAACGGUCGAUGGAAGAGAACUAUUGAAUCAAUCUUCUGGGAGAAAGAGAAAAGCCACACCGAUUGAGCAUUCUGUGAAGAAGGGGAAGUGCAUAUCUCACGGGCGAGAGUACCCCUCUGCGUAUGUGAACCAAGAGCAGAAUGGAAAGCAUGCAAAUUGUGUAGAAGCCUCCAGCCGUGUAGAAGCCGCCAGCAGUGUAGAAGCCGCCAGCAGUGUAGAAGCCGCCAGCAGUGUAGAAGCCGCCAGCAGUGUAGAAGCCGCUAGCAAUGUAGAACCCGCUAGCAGUGUAGAACCCGCUAGCAAUGUAGAACCCACCAACAAGGGGAAACACGAAAAGGGCACGCGCAAGAAGGACAACUUCUUGUUCGAAUUGAUGAACUAUCUAAACAGAAAUGUAAACAUCAAUGAACACACGAAGGAGCUGAAUCACAGCAAAUAUGAUUUUCUGUUUAAGAAAUAUAAAAAGAGGAUAAAAAUUUUAGAAAAUAAUUUUUCCACGAUAAAUGCACAAGGGAUCAUAGAAUACGCACCUCCACUUUUUAUUUUGAAGAAAAGAGGAAAGAGAAAAAAUAAAAUUGGAAAUAGUAUCACAAGACGUAAGAAGGAGGAUACCAAAAUAAUCCGAGUUGAAAAAAUUCAAGUUAAAGGGAUGUUAACUGAUAUUUGCGCUUUAAAUGAAGAACCAAAUUUAGUAACUAACAGUACAUACGUAGCACUCUUUGGAUGUAAACAACACAGCAGUAUACAGAAAAUUUUUUUCGAGGUUCCCAUCACUAUUUCAUUGAAUGUAUCUUUUUCAGCAUAUUGUAUUAAAAAUGUAUGUGCUACACAAAGGAAGGGAAAUAUCCCCUUUUUUCAGUAUAUUAUGAUUAACUUAGAAGAGAAAAAUAUAAAAGAAUCAUAUUUUGAAAAAGGUCUCUCACACAUGAACACGCACUGUGAUGAUUCAUUUACCAAGAUGGAAGCAGAUCGAGGUGUGCGACGCAGGAGAAGCAUUUUGUUGUGCAUAAAGGAUCUUUCUUUUUUGAAAAAAAAAAGGGAGGGAGAGAUGUCAACUAAUGAGUUUGAUUCUACGCAUAGGAAUGGUAUCUCCACACUGUACGAAUUUUUUCAGCAGAUUGGGAAACGAUGGGAAGGUUGUAAUGCUGAUGGUGUGGACGGGGCAGAUGUGGACGGAGCAACAACGGGUUCUAAACGGCUGAGUGGCGAGAUCAAUCGAAGCAAAGGUGGUGUUCCUUUUCAUAGUCUCUACAAACUCAUACACAGAAUAAGAGGGAAUAACCUGGUUGAGGCGUCUAACGGAGAGAUGUUAUUCCCUGUGGGAGGGGUCGCGAGAGUGAGUAUGUUUCGUGCCUUUUUUAAAAACUUUCAUUUUAUCCACUUUAAUAGUAGAGACGUAAGAAGAUACAUUACGAUGAUAUGCAACCAGGUAAAUAAUCCAUUUGGUGUGAUUGCUGAUAAACCGGAUGAGGAGAACAAUUGCCAUGAAGAUUGUCAUGAUGAUAGAAAGAAAAAAUUGAAUAAGAGAAUUAUUUCUCAAAUGAGAAACGCAGAAUUUUUGUUAAAAAAGAAAUAUAUGGAAUUUUUCCUCUUUGAAAAAACAAAAGAAGAAAUAAAUAAAACAUCCUUAAAUUUAGAAGGAAGUUGUAUAUCCAUGAUAAAUUAUAAAAAUUUACUAAUACAGGUCUGCGAACAUGAAAUAAACAUAUCUUUCCACAUGAACACGUACAUAUUGUUUAAGAAAAUACAUGUGCAUCACAAAGUGAUAGCUAGCACGAUGGUAAAAGGGUUUUUAAUUCUUCAACAUGAAAAUUGCACAUGUUCUGUCUAUUCCUUGAACAAUUCUGUGGUUGUAAAUCUCUUGAAAUGUGUAAACAAUUUGACACAAUUAUUUAACAUGUGUACAUUACACACUUUGGCAUGCAACAAUGACGAGGUGAACAUAGACAUUCUCAAUUUUGCAAAACAUAUUCAGGAAAGAGCGUUAAAAAAAAAAAAAAAAAAAAUCACAAUUGGAAGCAAUGGGCAUAAUGACAUUUCAGAAAUCGAAAUUGAGAAUUAUAAAAAGGAAGAAUUGCUUAUCUUGUUUCAAAUAAAAACAACAGAUAUGUUUUGUGAAUUUUUAAAAACACGUAAUAGUAUCGAUAUGGACAAUUUGAUUACCCUCUACACACACUUGAAACAUGUUCGAUGUAUUUCCACUCUUAAAAAAGGACAUAAAAGCUUUCUGACAUUUCUACAUGACUCAGACAACACAUUCCAUAUUUUUCAUCUGGAGAAGGAGCGGUUAAUCUUUGGUAGUAACUACCUCUUGACAGUUCCUAAGUAUGUUUACAAUGUGAAACCGAGGAGGACGCCUUCGGAAAAUGGAGCCAAAAAUGAAACCCAAAAUGGAACCCAAAAUGGGAUGCUUCAGAUAGAUGUGCUGAAUGAGACGGAUGCAACUGGCAUCUCUGGCAUGACAGGAAGAGGCGAAAGGAAAGCACCAAACCGAAUAGAUGGAGAAAAUUUCCUGAACUUAUACAAAGAGGAAGAAAUAAUAAACGUGCUCUUCUUCAAGCUGGGUCCGAAUUACAUGUUAAUAAUUUUUUUAACAGGAAGACCAAUACUAAUAUACAAAACGUUUGGUCAAGUGUCAAAUUUGAACAAUUUAAAAUUUAAAAUUGUAAUACACAAAUACACAAAACCUUUAAUAAGUAAUACUCAUUUUUUGAAAAGAUCCGAUUGUGAAGAGGUAAAAAUAGUGAAAAUUUCAUCGCGUCACAAAGAUGAGUUGAAUAAUGGAUUCUAUGUUCCUGUGUGCGAACCGUAUGGUAGAAGUGAAGCAAAACCCGUGAAGAUGGAGGAGAAAAGAAAAAAAAAAAAAAAAAAAAAAAAACAGUUUUCCAAAUGUAUAGUAGUAUAUCCAUAUAUUGAUGUAAACAAAUUGGAUGUAAAUCAUGAGGUAGAUGAUCAGGCAAAACUGCUUUACGAAAAAGUUUGUGCAUAUGAUGUAACAUUUCCUCCUUUGUUGUUGUCGAACUAUAAGGGGAACUUAUUUCUGCACAGUUUCACAGAGAAUCAUAUAAACAAGACAGAUGAUAAUGACGUCUUAACGGGUAACAAUCCGUCAAGCGGUUGUAUAAUUUCUCCCUCCGACGAAAUUUCAAAUAAAAUUCCAAAUAAAAGUAAACUCAAAAAUUAUGGCAAAAAUCAAGUUAAGAAUAUAAUAAAAAUAGGCAUGAACGCAUUUUUAAGUUUUUACUCAAACAACAUGAGUAUAAUAAGUAUAAAGGAUGAAGAAAAGGUGAUAAUGUAUUCAAGCAAAGUGGACAAUUGUGCACAUGAAUCAGAAUUAAAUCGAGAUAUCUCUAACAUCUUAGGUGAUUCAUCCCUCCUCCACUCGUCCCCUCUUGAGGUAAAUUGCCACUACAGUAAUGCAUAUUUGCUUCACGCUCAAGACAAUAUGCUAUUUUUAAAAAAGAAAUGUAAACCCAUAAAAUUAUCCUUUAAUGAUGAUUUUAUUUCUGAACAGUUUUUAUCAUAUCCGUAUUUAUGCAAAAUUGGAGUUUCACAAUUUCAGUACUUGUUGAAGAAGAACAAGAACAAGAGAUCUAACAGAACUCAGAAGGGAAAAGAAAAAAAAAAAAAAAAAAAACCAACAAAUGUUAUCAACCCAAGUGAUGCGUACUCAGCAGAUGAAUCACUCCACACCAAACCAACAGGAAAGAGGGAGGAACCACUACAUGAAGAAAGAAAUUCUGCAAAUGGAUUUGGAGGAUCUAUAAAAGGCACAAAUGAAACAGCAAAUUGCACGAACGAAAGCGAAGAAAGAGAAAAAUUGAUCCACAAAAUUAACUACGGAAAAAUAAUUUGCGCAAUUGUUCGAAUAAAGUAUGAUGAAUAUUAUUGCUUAAAAAAAUUAUUGAAAAAAAGAAUAAAUUUACAAAAAGAUGAGUUGAAAAAUAAUAUCAUGUAUGCAAAUGAGGAAGAUGUGCAAUGUUUUCCAAAUGUGUACCUACAAGACAGUAUUAAUAAUCAAUACACACACAAAUUAAAGGGAUUCAUAGAUAUAAAUGAUAAUGCAGAUGAUACCACAGCAAGAAAGUAUGAAGCAAAGUUAAGAAAAAAUAACACACUUAUUUCUUCUAUUAAAACAUAUGCAAAAUAUUACAAACUAAUCCUAUUUCAUGAGUGUAGCAAAUAUGUAUAUGGUUAUUAUACAUUUGAGCAUAGUGAAGAAGUACACUGCAUUAAUUUUGGAUUUCUACAUGGAAAGGAAUAUAUUUACAUAAGUACUAGUUUGAAUAUUAACGAAAGGGUUGAAACACAGGGAAAUAUAUACAUAUUCGAUUUGGAAAACCUAUUCAUGAGGUUAGGGAUGGAUGUCAUAAGUAAUGGAAAUUUCUAUGACACAGAGGAGGAGCAGCAGCAGAAGCAGGAGCAGCGCGUUGAGAAAGAGCCAACCAAGGACUCAAAUGAAAAAUCUAAAUUGGAUGAGGAAAUUCAAAAUCCCGAUGCAGAUGUGAUUAAUGAAAAUUCAUCUAGGAAAGAUAAAAAGAAUGGUAAACUAGUACUGUACAUGAAAAAAACAUACAAUAGUUCGAUCACGCAAAUUCAUCCUUUCUAUGUAUACAAUGAUAGUUCCCCGAAUGGAGGUUUGGGAAGCCAUAUUCAUAACAUGAUUUUGCACAGUGGUGUUUGUAGUGGUGGUGGAUAUGGCAAAAAUUACAACAAGAACAGUAGGAGAAAAGAACAAGCAGAAAUGUUUACAGGGGAAGAAGAAGAAGAAUACAAUAAUCGAAGCAGCAGAAUUGGUGCUAUUAACAGGAUGAACGCAACGAAAUGUAAAAACUUUAACUUUAAUGCACAUUGCAAUAUCUUGCAUUGUAUUAAUUCGAAGUUAUUUAUUCAUGAAGUAAAUGAUAACGAUUUCACAAAAGGAGCAUUUAUUGAUAAUAACUUUUACAUUAGUGACAUUAAGAUAGUAAGAAAUUUAAUCAUCAUUGCUGAUUUGUAUAAAGGAAUUUUUAUCAAUAUGUAUAAUUAUGAACAGCAAUAUGAUAGUCGAAGCAUAAUACCCAUAUCAAAAAAUUUCUUUAGUAGCAAUUUAAAUAUUUUAUGCUGUCACUAUAUCAUUUUCGACUCCUACAUAUCUAUUAUUGCUAUGGAUGUAUACAACAAUUUCUUUGUAUUUUCUUAUAAAAAUUAUCAAGAUAUUGACAACAUGUACAUUUUCAAUUAUUUCAAUUUUGGCACAAGAAUAAUUAAAUUUAUAAAUGUUCUGCAUAAAAAUCAAAAAUCAAAUUCUGCUCUCUCCAUAUCGAAUGAUGGAAGUAUACACCUCUUUCGUCCCCUUAACAAUAAGCUGUUUCUAUUCACAAGAGAAAUAUGCAACAUUGUAAACACUUAUAUUUUCCCCCAUUUGGCUCUUAACGUACACAUCCAUUUGAAACCCGAUAUUUUCACACAAUCGGUUUUACUCAAUCUGUACAAAAAAACAGACAGCUUCUUGAUCAAGAAUAUUUUGUUUUAUGACAUGUUAAGACAACUGCCCUUUUACACCACCGAAGUUUUGUAUGAACUCUUUUGUAAAAAGACCAAUUUGCUGCAACAUAUAACUAUAGGAGAACUCUUGAAUGAACUAAGUUUAUUGAAUAUAAAGUAA